CGUCACACGCGGGGCACACAGACAUUCUUGGCUCAUUAUAGUUGUAAAUAUCCCUUGAGCGAGGAUCCUCAUGAAGACAAUCGUUUUGAGGUUUGGUGAGAGGCAUUCUUGGCUAAAUAAAGGGCAUUCUUACACACUUGUGGCUGGUAGAAUAAAACACUUUAUAUUAAUAUUACUUGCAAUUGCACUGCCUUUCAAUCGGAUGCUGCCUGUAAUGGUUAGCACAGAGGGGACUGUCCAUUCCGCCAGCAGUGGUAUGAGCAAGCAACUUGAGGGGCUGCACCUUUAACUUGUUUACUUUUUAAAAUGGUAUUUGGAGUAAAAUAUUCCUUCAGAUGUUUAUGCCACUGCUCUGUCCCAUCAUGCUUGUGUCUUUACUGUAUUGAAUGUACAUCAGAACUUCCUGGUUUUUUAUAUGUUGGCCAAAUCACAUUUUUUUCUAUCAAGUACAUACUGUAUAUCCCACAAGUAAAGACAUUGUUACGGUCAUUAAGAGCCUUACCCACAGACAUACUAUAGUACAAAAUAUCAUGUGGAGAAUGGAAUGUGCUGCUUUUGUAUAGUGUACUGUUAUGUAUAAUCAUUGGCGUUUGUGUUCAAUACAAAAAGUCAUUCCAAUUUCCUUUCAGUUGAUGUUGUUAUGGUGCUUUUAUACAGUAUUUGUUAUGCAUGCAGGAUUUCCCUGGAACUUUUUAAUACUGGCAAAUGGCCAGAUACCAAACGUAUUACAAAUUACCUUGUGUUCAAAUAUCGUCUUCCUAUAAUUAUUGAGGGAGUUUUAAUACAUCUGUAACGAGAUCUUUAAAGCAUUUGUCAACUGUACAGAUAGAUUGUAGGAAUAAUCAAAUACACAAGUACACUAAGUUAUUAAUCACCACACGUGAAUAACAUAUGUUACACACAUUCACAAGACUCAAUAUUCAUGGGCUAUUCUUUGAAGAGGGAUAUAGUUUCAGUUGAUCAAGGGAGUUAACUGCUGCUGGUCAUAGGACCAUGGCACAGUGUCAUACAACAGAGCAUAACUUCUCUUUCCCGAGGUGAUUUGGGGGACGAAUAUCGCACCUCCGAUCAGCACGCUUGGCGACGUACGAUGCGAAAGAAUUUCCACACAUUUAUGGCGGAUCCUAAUAACCGCAAUGUAAUCCGAAAAGGUAUUCCACUCAUGCGCGAAAAAUGUCAGAUAACCAACAAAUAAUAGGGUACAUUUUCCGGACAACUCCUGGAUAAUAAAAUUGUGGAUAAUGUGAAGCGCCCCCAAGCUGCAGGAUGGGAUAUAAUUCUGGAUAAUAGGAAGACUAAGGGUGCAGACCAAACAGCCCCCACGGAUAUUAGGAGCUGUGGGUAAAAGGUACGCAGAUAAUCAGACUAUAUUGGAGGAAUCCGAUGAGCUAUAAAGCUCGUUUUCACAGAUAUGCAGUAGAUGUCUGCUGCAAUGCAACCUGGCAGCGUGAUCUUGUUUAAAGUGGGAGGGUGGAGGCAUAAGAACAAUCAACUUCAAACAAUCUUAAAGCAAUUUUGUUUUUUAAAUAGCUGAGCCUAUACGUGUAUGUUCAUUCACUGAUUUGAAAACAGAUGCAACGUGGAAACAUAUCUUCUUGGUUUCAGGUGUUUUGAAUUGGCAAACGUUGAGGAAAAGCCACCACUGGUGAUACAUAUUGUACUGGCAUUUUUUAAACUUGAAUAUUAUAAUUAAAAUUGGAUCUGAGUAUCCCCCCCCCCUCCGUGACGCUACAGGACUGAGUCAGUACUGUGGCGUUAUGGGUAACUGUGAAAAAUCGUCCAGCACACUUCCUGUGCCUUGACCAUAAUGCCACUUCUCUUCCUCAAUUUUGGUGGAGGAAAGAGCUGUGUGUACCGCAUCCGUUGUGAAAUUUACAAACGCCACUUACAGUGGUAGUGUCUCGUAAAAACUUAAGUGCGUGCACUCUACGGUUCAAUAAAUGAAGUAUUUUCUUUGGGUGGAUUAAAGUGAUGGCAAGGCCUGUCAUGUUAAGCAAUAUCUGUCAGAUAACGGUUGUACAAUAAAACGGAACGUUCCCGACAAAAAACAAGCCACUCAUCGCAAGAAAAUUGGAUCACCACUGCAUUGCUCCCAUAAUUCCUGCACGAAUUCCAUCUCGGGGACUUUCAAACUCUCGGCCUGCUGCGAGGUCUUCAGGAUAUUCACGAUCUGGAGACGAAGUUGUUGUGCGCUCUGCUUGAGCCACGUGCUUCGAGCGGGCCGCCACUGGAACAGCGCGGGGGCGCGUUGGGCAUGGGGCGAACGUUGCCAUAACAAAGAGCGGCGGUGGAUUCGGAGCGCCCCUUGUGCACGCGACGGCGAUGUCUGCCCGGUCGUCUGACGCUGAGGUGGAACGCAGCGUCCUGGAGGAGAUGGAUGAGAACGGCAUCAUCCGAAUGGCGCAGUUCCCCGACGAAUUUGAGUAUCAAAACAGGGUGCUUGACAUGGGAGAUGAUGGCAUUGAGGAAUUUUAUACACCUGGUGACGAGCUGCCAGAUGGCGACCCAUCCAAGCAUGGGUACGACGGAGACUUUUAUACCGACGAGCCGAGCCUCACGGCCAGUGACAUCCCAGACUCGGCAAAUUCGUGGGGCCCUCCUGCACAGAAUGAACGAUGGGCGAGUCGGCGGAGACGCUCGAACACCACCGGCGGCCAUGGUGGCAGCCGGAAGCCGUCGUUGCAGGAGUCUGUGGAAGCGGAGGACGCGCUGGGAGGCGCCCAGGGGAGCGCGGAGGAGCAGCCAGACCUGCCGUACGACCGCUCGCUCAUGAACGACAGCCUGGCCCAGUGGCAGGAGAUGGAGCACCUCCUGGAGGUGUACAACAAAACCCUAGAUGCCAGUGAGGAUUUCUCCGAUGGACCACGCAAUGCUGGCGCGGCGGACUUCCUCGGCUCUGGGCACGAGUCGCACUUUGAAAACUCCGAGGAGGCGUACGGGAACACCGGGAACCUGCUCGGGGACACCAUGCACUUUCCCAGAGACUCGGACGUGCAGGGUGCGUACAGCCUGGAGGGCGCGCGCGAAGCAGCGGGUGCGGGCCAGCUGGACGGCGGUGCGGAGCUUCGUUGGGCGGGCGCACCUCGGGAGAGGAUGGAUUUGAACAGGCAUCGCCUGUCGGAGGAGUUUCAGCGCGACGAGAUCCACCCGAGCAGUUUCAUCGCCGCCGAGAUCAUGCCGGACUUGAACGGGGAGAGUGCGGAUGAGAGAAACAGCAGAGUUAGCGAACCCUCACAAAGGAGCGACCACUCAUCGAGGCUGCGUCAUAUUAAUAAGCAACAGGACAGAUGGCUAGAGGGAGACGCAGACUACUCGCCAAAAAAUAGGCACGGCGUUGGCAAAACGCCAACUGGACUGAUGUCCACACAGCACAAAGGGACGUACGUGCAGAGAAGCCCGCUAAAGGCCGACCAUGGGCUGAACGUGAUUUACAGUGCACAGGACGACCAUCAGCACGUUGCAAGAUCGCCGAGCUCGAACGCCAUGCUGGCAGGUCCGCAGAUGGUAACGGAAACACCCGGCAGGUCGAGGCGCUCAAAGCCGUCGCCUGUGGUACCGCGGGGUCACGCGAAGACGGCGAAUCGGUCGCAGAGCUCGCGAGCGUCCCCUUCGAGGUCUGGUCACACGAAAACAGCUUCCAACGGCAGAAUUGGCUCCAGGUCACCGAGCCCUAUCGGAACCGCGCACAAUGCACGGGCCUCCCGCUCCAUUAGCCCCGGCCGGUCUCAAAGGCAGCUGAAUUACCCACUUCCCGACUUGUCCAAAGUUGGGCCCAAGGUUAACUUUCCCAGGCAAGGCCACGUCUACCAGAAUAAAAGGGCGUCACAUGGGGAGGUUGAAACACCGAAAUCUGCGCGGUCGCCGGCUGAUGUCGUGCGCAGGGUCCUGGCGGAUUCGGAUGCUGCGCCGUUGUGUGAAGGUCAGAGUUCAAGGCUUGUCACUUCUGACCCCGCGACAGACUUGGUGCACCAGUUGCAGGAAGAUUAUGACCGGUUACUGACUAAGUAUGCUGAGGCUGAAAACACCAUUGACCAGCUACGACUUGGAGCAAAGGUGUCUCUGUAUUCGGAUAGUCCUUUGCCCAGACAAGUGGUGCAACAGACAGUGCUCCCCCAUUCCAGUCAGGUCAUGACCUUACAAUUCCCACACUCUCAACAAGCAAUGCUGCAUAACACCAAUCCCGGGACGUCGGAAUGGGCACAUUCGACAGCACAGUUUGCUCCUUACACGCAGCCAGGAGAGCAUGAGGUCGUGAAUGAGCACGGAGCACAAGGCAGCACUGGAACUUUCGGCAGGGCCCCACAGCCUCCCUUGGAUUCCCUUGCUCCUAGCAUCACCUCUCAGCUGGAGACAGAGCUGGCCAAGCAGGUGAAGAAAUUCAAGGAGCAGGUGGACAUCUUCCAAAGGAUGCAGAAAGCUGGACAAGUGACCCAACAGGAGCAGUUUCAGACUUACCAGCGGCUCCGCGAGGGUCAGGAUGUCCUGGAGCGUGGCUACAUGGCCGCCAAGCAGCAGCACCAGAUGGCCCAGAGAAACUCAGCCGGCGGCGGAGAAUUCGAUGCCAACAGGCUGUUGGAGAGUGCCAUAUUCCAGUUGGGCAUGCAGCUGGAGGAGAUUUCCGAGUGCAUGAAUGAAACUCCGAGGACGCCGUUGCAGUUUGGGGACGAUGACACGCUCCUCCUGCCAAUCGCGCCAUCGGCUCUCGCCCCAUCGCCCACCCCACAGACUCCGUACCCUCACAGCCCACUGCCAGAUGCCACUCAGCACCGUGGGGCGCUGAGCAUGGAGCUGAGCUCGCUGAACGGAGACAGCGACAGCCCAGGGGCCCUGCCGGGACUUCCGGCACCCCUGACCUCAAAGAGGGAACGAGCCGAGAUUGAAUACGCACGUCUCCUUGGCCAGUACAAUAACUUUAAGACGCUCCCAGACGCGUUCGGUUCGCGAGCGGUGGACGUGGGCAGCGGGGACGGGGCGAGCGAGCGGAGCGACUCUGCCAGCCCCGACGGUGGGCGCACGCCUCGCCCGCGGACGCCCAUGUGGCCGGCGCGUGCCUCUCCUUCGGCCACGGAGCAUGAUGGGAAGGCGGGAGGGGACGCCGCUUUGCGCGGCGGUCGCCGAACGGCUCAGCACAGCGGCGCGGCGGCGGCGGCGGAUCACCACGCCACGGCGAAAGCAGAGCCGCGUGCGCCGGUGACGCCGAGGGCCCGGGGGACACAACCCCGCGCGGCCACGAGCCGCAGCAGCCUGAGCAGCGGCAUGGGCGACGCUGCCAACCGUGAGCCCCGGCCCCGUCCAGCGCGGCGGCCGGUCGCCGGCACCAAGCAGGAGGAUCGAAUCGUGUCACCUGAAACUGAUAGCGGCUUCGUCGGUUCAGAGAGCGGGCGGCUCGGAGCAACGCUCACGACCCCAGAAACAACGAUGCACGUGACCAGGCAUCCCAGUGUCGUCGAAGCGGCGCCGAAACAACGCAGGGCGGGGGCGGCGCCGCGGGCAGCGCCGCGGGUCCAGCAGGACGAGGAGGCGAGGGCGACUGGCGCGGGAUCCAAGCGGUGGCCCGCUGGCGAGCAGACGAGCAGCGUGCGUGGCGACGUCACGCCCAUCCGCGCCACCGCACCCCGCCUCUACGUCAGGGGCGCGGGGAGGGAUGGAGAGAAGGGGGAGGUCACCCCACGAGCGCUGGCGGUGGAGGCGGCGAGGACGGCCGCGAGUGCCGCUAGAAGGAGCGCGGACGAGGGGCCUGGCUCGCCAGGCUCCACGCGCGUCGACUCUGGGCAGCCCUCCCGUGGAAGGCGCCUCUCCCAGCUCAGCGACGGGCAAUCGUCCCGCUCGUCAAAGCAGGAGGCCAUGCUGGCACUGCAGGCAGAAAUCGCCAAACUGGGGCGGCGCCUGGAGCAGAGCAAGAGGCCUGGCCACGUCGCCCGGGACCCCGAGAGGUCUCGCGAAACCUCGGCAUCGUCGUCCGGCCGAUCCCGGGGACGAACCAGGCGCCGCAGCGUAGUCCCGCCGGCUCCUCUGGCGAGCACGCCCAAGCGAGACAAAAGCGUGGAGGACCUCCACCGUGAAGUCGUCAAGCUGCGGGAAGAAGUGAGAUCGAGAUUCAGCCAGUCGCAGCCUCCUCCCCUGCGCUCACAACACGCUCACUGUUCGGACACGGAGGGCUCGCACACUGCCAGCGCUUCCCGUGCUGCCGUUCCGAACCAAGCCCCGCGCAUGCACAGGAGCCAGUCCGAGGGCAGGCUGUCCCUGCGAGGGCCAUACACAGGACGGGACUAUAUUUCUCUUGCCAGCGUGGGCGUUCCUGCGAACUCAAGGGACACGGACCAGGCUGUUCCAUGCCACUUUUGCAAUGGCAGCGGAGUUCAAGAAGUCGUCCGCGCUGGCAGUCUGGACGGGCUGAACCUCCGCGUGCCGCUGCCGUCUCCGCGGCGGCGGCGGCUGAGCGACGCCCACGCUGCGCCGCACUGCCCGCUCUGCCGCGGCCUGGGCACCGUCGUGGUGUCCCGCGGUCACCAAGGGGGUCGCGCCAAACACGAUUCCUUUCACCGCCAGGGUCGCAGUAAAGGCAGGCGGAGAAACCACGAGGCGGUCGCUGCACCCAUCCCCAUCCUGCAGCCUGGCGUCUCCUUCCCUUACUCGCUGCAAUACGUACCCCACACGCCACCCAUCAUAUAUUAUGCAAGCGCUGCCCCCACGUACGUGCCCGUGUCUCCCGCGCGUCUCUAUGCCGCGGUUGACCGCGUGCCGGGGCAACCGCCGGAGCGGACUCGACGCAGCCACAGCGUGGGGCCCGCUCGCGAUGCAGACGGCCGCUGGGUGACCGCCAGGGACAUCUUGUGGAAGUCGUACGACCCUGGCCUGUUCGCAUCACUCGACCGGGCCAUGGAGGCAGCUGAGUGCGUCCGUCGGAGAACCAAGAAGCUGUCGCGAGCCCUCCGCUCAGACGUGGCCCAUGCCGGGGAGUUCUACAACGCCCUGGUGUAGCGCCACCGCUCUGGAUCAUCUCCCUGGGAGCCUCCUUGGCUGUGAUGCUGUCGCGCAAUGGCAAGCUGGUUCUGGUCACACGCAGCACACUUGCUGACACCUUGUUUCCGUGACCAUUUGGAACCAGGCUUUGCUGGUACAGGGUUUGGGUUAGUAAGUGGCUACUAACAGCAAGAGCAGAGUCAAACCUCUAAAAUUUAGACUCGAGUAAGCGUGAAUCUGGCGUGAGCUGGGGGGCUUUUCUGAGAUCAUUAACAACAAAAAAACCCCUACAGAAAACUGUUCACGGGCGAAUUAAGUUGCUUGAAGUCAGAGACGCUGUGCGUGCAGUAUGUGCACUAACGAUUCUAAAGCUAUUUAUGCCAGGAAUUUGGGAAUCUGUUCUCUUGGAUACUGCGUGAUUUUUUUACGUUGAUUUUAAGUUUAAUUUACAAAUAAAAUAAGUGUUUCGAGCCCGUCAUUAUCUAUUUGGCCUUCCAAGCCCAGUGAAGCUCAGCCGUCAUCCUAUGCUUUAUGGUGAUGUAAAUUCGCUCAGACUACACUAUAUGGUAGUGAUAAAAAAUAUAUGUAUAUAAAAUGUAAGCUGCAAAUAUUUAGUAAAUUAUAUUCUUGGUUCUUUCGGUAAAGUCACGUAGAAGGGAAACAAUAAAAUAAUAAAAAUAUAAAACAAUAAAAUUCUCACGACAUUUCGACUGCAACAC